GAGAGGUUGCUGUUUUUUUCUUCUUUUGGUAGGCAGCAGGGCGGGAAAAAGACACGCACCGCCGCGUAGAGGGCAAGAUGGAAAAGAAUGGGAUGGUCGUAUGGUGAUGUAGGUUGGAAAGGGUGCCCAAGGUGCCUGAAGUUCAGUCCUACAGGGUUUCCUGAAUUGAAAAACGACACUUUCUUGCGAGCAGCCUGUGGAGAAGAUACAAAAUACACUCCUGUUUGGUGUAUGAGACAGGCAGGAAGAUACCUGCCAGAAUUCCGUGAGACUCGAGCAGCUCAGGAUUUCUUUGCAACCUGUCGAUCACCAGAGACGUGCUGUGAACUCACGCUGCAACCUCUACGACGCUUUCCUUUUGAUGCUGCCAUCAUCUUCUCUGACAUCUUGGUGGUGCCUCAGGCACUGGGCAUGGAAGUGGUGAUGGUACCAGGAAAAGGGCCCACAUUUCCAGAACCACUAAAGGAAGUAGAGGACCUGCUGAAGCUUCGGCCGAAGGUUGAUGUGGCAACAGAACUGGGCUAUGUCUUCCAGGCUAUCACACUGACACGGCACAGAUUGGAAGGGAAGGUGCCUCUGAUCGGCUUCUCUGGUGCCCCAUGGACUUUGAUGUCCUAUAUGAUUGAAGGUGGUGGCUCCAACACGAUGGCCAAAGCCAAGGCUUGGCUCUACCGACAUCCUGAGGCCAGCUAUCGGCUGCUCACUUUAUUGACUGAUGUUAUUGUGGAAUAUCUGGUGAGACAGGUGGCUGCAGGUGCUCAGGCUCUGCAGGUUUUUGAGUCCCAUGCAGGACAUCUGGGGCCAGUGCAGUUUGCAGAGUUUGCCCUCCCAUUCAUUCGGUCCAUUGCGAAAGGUGUGAAGAAUAAGCUACAAGAAAAUGCUCUUCCUGCGGUGCCAAUGAUCAUCUUUGCUAAGGAUGCCCACUAUGCACUGGAGGAUUUGGCACAAUCUGGGUAUGAAGUAGUUAGCCUGGACUGGACAAUAUGUCCUCAAGAGGCUCGCAAGCGGAUAGGAAGAAACGUUACCUUACAAGGGAAUUUAGAUCCAUGUGCUCUAUAUGCAUCCAAGGAGAAGAUUGGGGAGUUGGUAAAAAGGAUGUUGGAAGGCUUUGGCUCCCAGCGUUACAUUGCCAACUUGGGUCACGGCCUCUAUCCUGACAUCAAUCCAGAACACGUAGGGGCUUUUGUGGAUGCCGUGCACAUGCAUUCUUCCAAUCUGAACAAAUGUUCUUAGAGACUCAGAGAAAACAGUCCUUAAGCAAAAAAGAAAAAAAGAAAAGAAAUGGAUCAUCUGCUAAGCAAAUGUAAUUAUUAUUGAGAGGUAACUUCCUGGAAAGGAUCUCGGUAUAAUUAGCUACAAAGGCUGCGGCAGGAACUGGCAAAAGGAACUGGGGAGUGCAGGAUUUUCACACAUAUGUUAUCUUCUUCGCAGUCUCUACUGUAGAAAAUGGAUUCAUUCUGAAACAUAUUUCCCCAACUGUGUACUUUUUAUCCCCAAUUACUCCUAUUGAUUACAAAACUAAUUUUGAGUGCCUCCAACAA